UUUGUUGUACAAUUGACAUACCUUAUGAAUGCGCUUUGGUCGCAUAUUUACUCACUAAAAGUAAACAAACAAUAAGAAUCAAUUGUUUAAAAAUGAAAUUCUUAAGUGAAUGUGAUUUUACAACGGAAGAGCUUCAAAUAAUAUCGGAUCUUGAUAGUACUCAUUUUGGGUUUAUUGAUUGGAAUAAUGAAAAGAAUUUAAAUCUACGAGAUUUAAUACGGCGUUCAAUAAAAAUAUUUCAAACCAUUGGUGCCCUAUUAGAAAAGGAUAGCGAAAAAAACGUAUGCUUGGAAUCCAAUCAAAUAAUGAAGGAUCGUCCGAAAAUUAUUGAAUCAGAUGCUUUGGAUAUAAAUACGUUUUGCAAACUUGGCCAUCUUCAUUUAAUUUUAGAAGAAUACGAUAAAGCUCUUUCUGCUUAUCAGCAAUAUUUAAAAAAUAAACCUGUUAAUGUCCACAAUUUGGAGUUUUUGUAUGGUAUUGGACUCGUUUACUUCCAUUUUAAUGCGUUUCGUUGGUCCAUUAAAUCGUUUAGAGAACUAUUGUAUAUUAAUUCUAACUACAGAUGUGCAAAUGAUGUUCAUCUUCGUUUGGGAUUUAUGCACAAAGUACUGGGAGAUUAUAAAUCAGCAUAUAAGCAUUACCAUUUAGCACUGAUAGAUAUUGCUCCAUGUACAUUUUCGAAAUUACAAAUUCGUUUCCAUAUUGCACAUCUAUAUGAAGUUCAACGCAAAUAUAAAUUUGCCAAAGAGGCGUAUGAACAAUUACUUAAUGAGAAAGAGCUGACGUUGGAUUUAAAAGCAGUAAUUUACAGGCAACUUGGUUGGAUGUAUCAUUGUUCUGAAUAUUUUGGCGAUAAAAGACAGCGAGAAUCUUAUGCAAUUUUGUGUUUACAAAAAGCUAUUGAAGCCAAUCCUAAAUCCGGACAAUCGUUAUACUUGUUAGGGAGAUGUUAUGCUGGAAUAAAUAAAGUACACGAUGCUUUCAUAGCUUACAGAAAUUCUGUCGAAAAAAGUGAAGGAAAUGCUGAUACAUGGUGUUCUAUAGGAGUUUUAUAUCAGCAACAAAAUCAACCAACCGAUGCACUACAGGCCUAUAUUUGCGCUGUUCAACUUGAUAAAGACCACAAGGCUGCUUGGACAAAUUUGGGUAUACUAUAUGAAAGUUGUGGACAACCAAAGGAUGCUUUUGCGUGCUAUUUAAAUGCUGUAAAAAGUUCUCAAAAGGAUUUAGAAAAUACACUAUAUGUUUGUGAAAGCUAUAAUUCCUUAGACCAACAAUGUAUUAAUAAAGGCUUGGAACAACGUAUAAAAUUUUUGGAGUCACAAUUAGUCCAGGCACCUAUGCCAAGUAUUACUUCAAAGAGAAGACAACUCUGUUCAAUUGAAGAAGCUUGGAAUUUGCCUAUCUCAUUAGAAAUGAGUUCACGUCAACAACAGCAACAACAUCAACAGUCUUCUAAUUCUUCUAAAAGACACAUAGGAAAAAUUUCGGUACAAGGUCCACCUCCACCAUACCCAAAUAAUUUACAAGUAAAACGUCUUAAGGAUGGCAAUUCAAUCGAAACUCAAGCCGGUAAUCCACCUACACAACCAUCAUUUUUCCUAUCACAACAACAAUUACAAAUGCUCCAAUUUUUACAACAAAAACAAAAUAACUUAAAUUCACAAGAAGAAAUGUUACUUCAACAGCUAAACAGUCAAUACAAAUUAAUGGAACAAUACCAGCAUGGUGUAAUUCAUCAAAAUGAAAUCGAUAGUCUAAAUAUUGUGAAGCAUGAAAACAAAACAUCUAAAUAUGAAAAUGAUCAUAUAAAUCUUCCUCCUCCUUCUUAUUCUGACAACACCACAGAUCCAUGUUUUUCGAAAAAUACAGAAUCCAAUAUAAAAUACACAUUUGCAGAAAGUAUGAAUGUCAAUACAAAAUACUCGUUUGCAGAAAAUAAUGUUUUAGGUGUCAGCGAUCAAGAACUUCAGGAUAUAUUAUCUGAGAAAGAUAUAGCUUCGACCUUUACAGAUGAUAUUUUAAAAUCUCUAAGAAGCGAAAAUAUUAUCAACAGGGAAGAUGAUCGAGAUACUAAUAGCAUCUUAACAUUUACAAAUACCGCAAAUAAACUGAGUAGUGAUAAUGGAACGCUCUCAACAAAACGUGAAAGUUACACUUCAGAAGUUACAGCAAAUGAAGUAAAUGUUGACGAUGAAUGCUUUGAAGACUCUGAAUUUCAUAUUCAAAUGGAUUCAAACCAAAUACUGACAUCUGUAAAAAAAUUAUCUCUUGAUGAUCCACCGCCUAAGUGUUCAAUUCUUAAUAUAAACGCUCCUCUCCCUUCUCCACCAGACUGUCCACCACAACGUCUUACACGAGAACAAUUAUUACCUCCAACACCCUCUGUACAUCUGGAGAAUAAAAAACAUGCAUUCAGCCCACAGCUUCAGGAAUUUUGCUUAAAACAUCCAAUCGCUGUUGUUCGUGGACUUGCUGGCGCUUUAAAAUUGGACUUAGGACUGUUUUCAACAAAAACGUUAGUCGAAGCUAAUCCAGAUCACAGUGUUGAAGUAAGAACUCAAGUUCAUCAACCUCCUGAUGAAAAUUGGGACACAACACAAGCCAAACGUGUUUGGGCAUGCAUUUCUCAUAGAUCGCACACAACUAUUGCGAAAUAUGCUCAGUAUCAAGCUUCAAGUUUUCAGGACAGUUUAAAGGAUGAGCGUGAAAAAUCUGGUUCGCAUGGGGUCCAGCAGAUGUCCGAUUCAGAUUCAAAAGACUCAUUAAGCAAUGCCUCAAUAAGUGGAAAGAAGAAAAAACCAAAAAGUAGCAACAAAAUGUUAAGAUUCGGUACGAAUGUGGACUUGUCAGAUGAUAGAAAAUGGCGUCCUCAAUUGGCAGAACUUCAAAAGCUUCCGGCUUUCGCACGAGUAAUAUCAGCUGCAAAUAUGCUGUCUCAUGUUGGUCAUGUAAUAUUAGGCAUGAAUACAGUUCAGCUUUACAUGAAAGUCCCAGGAAGUAGAACACCCGGACACCAAGAAAAUAAUAAUUUUUGUUCAAUAAACAUUAAUAUUGGUCCGGGAGAUUGUGAGUGGUUUGCUGUACCAGAUGCGUAUUGGGGAGGAAUUCACAAUUUAUGUGAGAAAAAUAAUAUAAGUUAUUUACAUGGUUCUUGGUGGCCCGUACUAGAUGACUUAUAUAAGGAAAAUAUCCCAGUGUACCGAUUUAUUCAACGUCCUGGUGAUCUAGUGUGGGUAAAUGCAGGAUGUGUUCACUGGGUGCAGUCAGUUGGCUGGUGUAACAACAUUGCCUGGAAUGUGGGACCUCUUACAGCUCGCCAAUUUUCAUUAGCCGUAGAGCGUUAUGAAUGGAAUAAACUGCAGAAUUUUAAAAGCAUAGUUCCAAUGGUACAUUUGAGCUGGAAUUUAGCCCGUAAUAUUCGUGUAUCAGAUCCUAAGCUUUUUGAAUUAAUUAAAAUGUGCUUAUUGCAAACAUUAAAAAAUGUAAUGCAUACUCUUGAGUAUGUGAAAUCUAAAGGUGUUUUAGUACGUUUUCAUGGUCGAGGAAAAAAUGAAGCAUCUCAUUACUGUGGUCAAUGUGAAGUCGAGGUAUUCGAUGUACUUUUUGUGAGAGAACAAGAAAAAAGGCAUGUUGUCCACUGCAUGUCUUGUGCUCGUAAAUUGGCACCUAAUUUACAGGGAAUUGUCUGUUUGGAAGAAUAUCGGUUAUCAGAACUUUGCCAAAUAUACGAUGCUUUUACUCUUCAUAAAACACACGCACUGCCCCAAAGUUCAGCAUUAAAUCAAUGAUAUACAUUAUAUUUAGAUAAAUUCAUUUUGUUUUAACAUUAAAAUUAAUUUCAUAUAGAUAUUA